AUGGCAGAGCAAGAGCAGAUUAAAAUCCCUUUGGUUCCAGAAAAUCUCCUGAAAAAGAGGAAGGCUUAUCAAACCCUCAAAGCCACUCAGGCAAAGCAGGCACUUUUGGCAAAGAAGGAGCAGAGGAAAGGAAAAAGGCUCAGGUUUAAGCGACUGGAAUCAUUCCUACAUGAUUCCUGGAGGCAGAAAUGUGACAAGGUGCGUCUCAGACGACUAGAAGUGAGACCUCAUGCCUUGGAAUUGCCAGAUACACAUGCCACGGCCUUUGUUGUACACAUCAAAAAGAUUAAUGGCAUGAGUUUACUGGUGGAGAGAACCAUUGUAAGACUUCGCCUGAAGAAAAUCUUUAGUGGUGUCUUUGUAAAAGUCAACUCCCAGAACCUAAAAAUGCUGCUUAUAGUGGAAACUUAUGUGACCUGGGGAGAAGUUUGGUGUCAUUUGCUUGGAAGACCUCAUUCAUGA